AUGCCGCACACACAGCCAGUUCUCUUGACCUCAAGACACCUUCCAAUCUCGAAGAUAUUGCACUUCAACGCCCCCUUUGUCGCUACCUUGUCUAUCCCACCCGAACACGACAAACACAUUCGUCUCAGCAUGAGCAAUCCGCAAGCCACGCUACAGAGACAUGCUCUCAACCGCAUAUCAACGUUCAUGGUUGUAAUCUUCACCCUCAUCACGAGAGUGGUUGAUUCCCGUGUACUGUUGCGCAAAGAGACAGUCGGUAAUGAACUGCAUCUGUUCUUCUGCCACAAAGAAGACUUCGGCGAUCAAUUUGUUGCUCAAGAAACCGGAUACACCUCCAUUGAGGCAGAGGAAGCUAUGGAAUCCCACAAUUAUUGCGUCUUCGUGUGCAAGGUCUUUGCUGGUAUGCUGGCUUGGUUGAUCGAGGGUGCGCCAAGUUCCAAGCUCCACCUUCCAAUCACAGUCGAUGAAGCAGACUUGAACGAGGUCUUCGAAGUCCAGCCUGUCGUUUGCAUCGAUGUCAUUACCUGGGAACGGAGAAGAGUCGCACCCGUUCACACAAUGUUCAAGAUCCUCUCCUCGGACGCCUACCCAAAAUCAGACGGACUCGUUGAGGAAGAGGGAUUGUACAUCGAUGCUUCAGCGCCUCAAUACCUCCGCACGGCUGGACUAUACGCCGUCUGCAGUUAUCCUGCACGACCACAAUCCUCUACGCAGCUUGGUGGUGCCUACGAGGCUCACCUCAAGAAGUUACAUCAAGCCGCUACUUGGAGCAAUUACAGAACAGAGGCCGUUAUCCGAACGAUCAACAACAAGAUAUACGCGAAGAUGAAUGGGCUUGGAGGGCCUAGGAUUCUGCUGGAUAAAGACAUCGCGAAGUGGGAAAGCUUCGAGAGGGAGAUGCUUGCUUCCGUCGAGAUCAGUCUUCGGUCUCUGGUUACCAAUCUAGACCUCCUGUACAUUCCCGUACCCGAUAGGGAGACACACCACAAGCUCAUCGCUCAAGACUGUUUUGAUACCGGCCAUGAGAAGAUCAUGGAAUCUCUGGAGCGAGUCUCGGCUCGUAAAGAGAUCAUGAUAUGGCAAGGCAUUUGA